GGGGCCCCUGGUUCUGAAGUAAAUAAAGUAUGCAGAAGUCGUGUUCCUGCUAUAAGAUCCAAAGAUAUGACCUUUUGGUUAUGUAGAGCUCUUAAAAGCUGUUUAAGUGCAUCAAAUGUGCUAAGGAACCUGGAGUUAAAUGGACUAGUUCUGAGAGAGAGGGAUUUAACUGCUUUAACAAAGGGAUUGAAUAAAUCAACUUCUUUGGUGCACCUGUCUCUUGCAAACUGUCCAAUUGGAGAUGGAGGUUUAGAAAUUAUUUGUCAAGCUAUAAAGACGUCUGUCACUCUUAAGACAGUCAAUUUCACUGGCUGGAUUCUGACAUGGCAGGGAGCAGAUCACAUGGCCAAGAUCUUAAAGUAUCAGACCAUGAGAAGGCAUGAAGAAACCUGGGCUGAGAGUCUUGGAUAUAGGAGACCAAAUCUUGACUGCAUGGCUGGCUUAAGGCGCAUCACAUUGAAUUGCAACUUUCUCAUUGGUGACCUGGGGGCACGUGCUUUUGCAGACUCUCCUAGUGAGGAUUUAUGACUUAGAGCUCUUGACCUGCAGCAGUGUUGCCUCACUAAUGAAGGAGCCAAAGCUUUACUAGAGGCCCUUGAAACCAGUAGAACUCUGGUCAUUCUGGAUAUAAGAAAAAAUUCACUCAUUGAUCAUUCUAUGAUGAAAGCAGUUAUCAAAAAAGUUCUUCAGAAUGGAAGGAGUGCUAAGUCAGAGUACCAGUGGAUAACUUCUCCAUCAGUGAGGGAACCAUCUAAAACUUCUAAACAGAAAAAGAGAACUAUAAUUCUGGGGAGUAGUCAAAAAGGAAAAGCUACUAUUAGAAUUGGGUUGGCUACAAAGAAACCUGUGAAUAGUGGAAGAAAACACAGCCUUUGUAAAGAAUAUGCUUCUGAACCUCCACCUCCUGGUGUGUCUGGUUUCUUGCCAUGGCGUACUGCAGAACGUGCAAAAAGGAACAGGGGUUUUCCAUUAAUCAAAACUCGUGAUAUAUCUAAUCAGCUACAGCAAUCUGAUUUUCCUGUGACUGUGACAGUAGAGAGUCCUUCAUCCACAGAAAUUGAAGAGGUUGAUGAUUCUUCAGAAAGUGUUCAUGAAAUGCCUGAGGAAACUAGUUUAAAACAAGCAUUACAGGGAAAACUGGAGGAAUGCCUAAAGCAGUUAAAAGAGGAAAGAGUAUUAAGGUUUAAAGCUGAUGAACGAGUUAGUGAGCUGGAACAUGAAAAUGCCCAGUUAAGAAAUAUAAAUCUCAUUGAAGCCCUUCAUACACAGUCAUUGGCAAGCAUGAUUCUGGAUAAUGAAGGUGUUUUGGGCAGUAUUGAGAAUUCUUUUCAGAAGUUUCAUGCUUUCUUGGAUCUCCUUAAAGAUACUGGUCUUGGGCAACUUGCCACAAUGGCUGGUAUAGACCAGUCAGAUUUUAAUUUAUUAGGUCAUCCCCAGAUGAAUUCUAGUAUUAGCAGUGCACCUAAAGAAAAGAAGGCACUUGAAGAAGAAAAAACAGAUCCAAAGCAGAAUGCCCUAGGACAAAUGCAAAAUAUCCAAGUUUCUAUUUGUAUGCAGUCAGCUUACAAUGAAGGAACACCAAUGAAGUUUCAGAAAAUCACAGGUGAUGCUAGAAUUCCUUUGCCUCUCAACUCCUUCCAUGUCCCAGUUUCUACUCAGGAGGCCCCAGGAACUUCCAAAGACAACCUGGGAGACCCAGUCCCUGAGCAGCAGCAGGAAUCUUUGGAAGGAUUCAUGGCAAGAACAUGUUCUCCUUUAGCAGAUAGGAUUUCAGGAACUGGAAAUCAGAGAGAAGAAGAGGAGUUAUCUAGAAAUAGCAGAUCACCCUCAGAGAAAAUGACCCAAACAGGUGAAUAUACCAAAAAACACUUUGCUAAGAAACAACCUGAGAAGGACCUGCAUUCCUACUCUGACUCCUUUACAAAUCAGAAAAGCAAAGGAAUUGGGGAAAAUAAGUCUUUGGUUCAUGAGUCAAUUAAAAAUGAACGAGCCCGUAUCCAACAGACAGCACAGGACCACGCUGACCAAGCCCAUUUAAUGGACAUAACUUUACCCACAGAAGCAACAGCGGUUCCAAUAACUGAACCAAACUGGAACUAUCAGGAAGGCCAGCAAGGCCACUGUUAUUGUGCUCGCAUGGUUCAAUAUCUCAUAGCAGGCAUGCAAGCAGCCUCUAAUAAGCACCCCCACACCACCUACCCUACCGUUGCCCCCAGAACUGGUCAACCCCCAAGUCUGGGACUCUUCCGAGCCAGUCAUAGCCUUCCAGCACAAGCCAAUCAUUAUGCAACUGAAACCUCAAGCUAA